AGCAGCAGCAGCAUCCUCUCGGGCUGCAUCUAAAACUCGGGCGCCUGGGGGGCUGCGGGGGAUCCGGAGUCUGCAGCCGGCGAGAGGUGCAGGCACAAGAAGGCAUUUCCAACUCCUGAAGACCCUGCUUGGAUUGGGCCAUUUGCCUUGCAAAACCAACAGAACAACAUCAUCGCCCUACCAGAUGAUUUCCCCAUCUCUGCUGCGGACUUAAGCUUCCAUUUGGUGGCUAGUUUUACCAGAGAACCUGCUCCGAGGAAUUGGGGGUGGGCAGGCACAACCACCCACCCCCAACAAGAGCCUGCCGACAAGGCCCCUUUCUUCUCCCUGGAAGUCUGUCUGCUCCCCUUCUUUACCUCUGCUUUUGCCUUUGGGGAGAGGCAAAAGGGUAUCCCUUGGGUGGCCAGAUUUGGCCCACCGGCCUCGCCUUGCCGACCUCCGACGUGAGACAGGAAUUUCCCUCGUGGGUUGACACAAUAUGGCUACGGGGAGAGGGGAAACAGCUGCCCUCCACCUGCAGUUCCAGGGUGCUCCAGAACCAGGAAUGCAGCCAGCGAUGAAAAUGGAGGCGCAAGACCCAUCUGGUCACGAACUAGGGGGAGGCGCAGCUUCCCGCUUCCUUCCGGUUGGCUCCAUGCGGGAGUUUUUGGCCGGGGAAGCUCCUCAGCAGGUGAAGGAGGAGCCAGACGAGGGUCUGCAGCAACACUGGGAGGCCCAGAGGCAGGAGUUCCCCAAGGCAGUGCCCUAUCCCCAGCCAGGGUGGAGGAACCCACCAUUGCACAAGCCCUUGCAGUGGGACACCAAUUCAUUCCAGACCUCCUAUGAGGCAGCUGCCAACCCGAGCCAGUGGCCCCCUGGAGGGUGGGUAGCCCAGAGCCUUUCGGGCCUCAGCCGGGAAGCCCAGCCAGUCUAUGGCGGCUCAGGGCACCGAGAACGGAGGGGCUACGGGAGCGUGAAGGAGGAGACCCCUGGUGACGACACGGUCAGCAUGGAGAUGCGGCGCCAGCGUUUCCGGCGCCACCGCUACCAGGAGGCCGAGGGGCCCCGGGAAGUCUGCCGGCAGCUGCAGGAGCUCUGCCACCAGUGGCUGAGGCCCGAGAGGCACAGCAAGGAGCAGAUCCUGGAGGCCGUGGUCGUGGAGCAGUUCCUGACAGUCCUGCCCCAGGAAAUCCAGAACUGGGUCCGGGAGCACAGCCCAGAAACCUGCGCCCAAGCAGUCGCCUUGUCGGAAGACUUCCUGAUGAGGCAACGAGAAGCCCAGAGAAAAGAACAGCAGGCUCUAUGGACGUUUGAUGAGGUGGUGGUGAACACCCCCAUGCCGCAGCAAUACCCCUCUGUGGCACAACAGGUACACUACCCCACAGUGGCGCUGCCAAUGCAGUACCCGCCCCUGGCCCAGCCGGUGUCGUUUCCUGCCAUCGGACCGCAGGCUCCGAAUCCUGCUGUGCCGGAGAGAGCACCGCCCAAUACCGGGAGAACGCUGAUCUGCCGGGAACCUGUGCCUGAGGGAGGCAGGUGUCUCAGGCCGUAUGGCCCCAUUCAAGAGUUCCGGAGGCCCCUCACGAACGCGGAGCGGAUGCGGAACCGGCGCAUGCGGAACCGGAAGCAGCGCCUUGAGACCAGCAUGCAGCUGGUGGAGUCGGCUUCGAGGGCCCCUUCCAUGCUUUUGGACGCCAUGCGCGGCUUGCACCGCCAGGACCUGAAGGCCUUUGACAGGGCCAGGCAAGAGGAGAGGCAGCACAGGAAGCAGGAGAGGCGCCAGGACAGGGCCACAGCCCAGCUGAUGGUCAACGCCAUUGAGCGCUCCCACAGCGACCUGGGCGAGUUCCUGGGGAGGCAAACAGCCACCAUGGCAGCCAUCGCAGAAGUGUUCGCCGGCCAGAGGUCUCCGCCGCAAGGAGCGUCCCAUGGCUACAGCUCGUACCAGGGGAACAGCAACCCACCUUGGGGCCCACCGGAGGCUGGGACCCCCCUACAGCCCGGUCACGUGCCCGGCAUGCCUUCAGAGCCCGCGGCAGGCCCAGCCAUUCCGUGCCCGGUGCCUCCUCUGGCCACCCCAGGCGGCAUUUGCAACCCCGUCCCAGAACCUCCUCCUACGGAUGGACCCCGAGAGGAUGCCGCUCCAGACUCACCCACGCCAUCAACUUCUGACACCGCGUCGCGUACGCUAGACACGCGGCCGAGCAGAGGGACGAAAAGGAAGAUGUGGGAAUGACAAGGGGGCACCAUUCACCCUUUUGUAGUUUUCAUUUGGAUUUUGAUGGGAUUUUCUCAACGGGCAGGGCUGCCAGAACCCUGUUGCUCUUUUCCCAUCCACCUCCCACUUACCCUGGUUUUAACAGGACAGCCCGUCUAUCUAUGCAAAGAAGAAAAAAGCGAAAAGCUGCAUGGUCAGGUUGCAUACUGGUAGCCAGUGAGAGCUGUAGGGUUCAGAGCCUGUGCCGUUCCAACAGAUAAAGAGGUGAGCUUUGAUCCAGGAGACCUGGGCGAGCGGACCAGUGGACCCAUUGAGGCAAGUCGCAUCUGCCUUUCUGUAAAAUGAGAAUAACCAGCCUACCUCGCAAAAGUGGUUGAGGAGGGGUGCUUUGCAAAUACAAGAGCCCCAUAAACACAUGCAACAUUGACUUGGUUGUACUUAGCAAGUCAAUCUCUAUUGAUUAGAGAUUUUUUUUUAAAAAAAUUAAGAGGUGGAGAAAUGCUAUUAAAUAUUAAAAUAAUAAUUUAAAGGAGGGCCAAGGGCAAGAGCUGUUCCAGUGAAGCAGUGUCUUGUGCCAAACCCUUCAAAGUGGCCCAGUCGAUACGGCAAUUUCUUAACAGCGUUUUAUUUAUUAUAUGAUAUUUAUUAUAAAAUGUUUUUAAUACCCCUAUACUAGCUGUCCAUGGUGGCUAAUCAAGCCACAAAGUUACAACAGUAUUUAUUAUGAAAUGAUGUACCCGUAAAUCAAAAAGAGAAUAUUUUAAACCAGAAGCCAACAAAAGAUUUUAAAAAUAGAGAGCAGUGCAGCAGAGAAGAACAUUGUACAAUCUCUUUUGGGCUUGUCAUCGGUGCUAUCCAAUGAGGGAAGUCAGCAUUAUACCCAUUUUACAGAUGGGGAAAACUGAGGCUAAGCAUCGGUAGUUAGGUAAAAAAAAAAUGUUCCAAGCUGUAAUACUUUUGUCAUCGUGAAAAGCGACACGCUGGGUGGGGUGGAGCCAUUACACCAGCUUCCCUGCAAGGUGGGUUGCUGCUACUUACUGGGAGACGGUGGAGGGAGGCAGCAAAAAAGUUGAUGUGCUGCAAAUGCACAAGUGGAGCCCAUUGGCUGGUUCUCCCGGUGCUUUUGCACCACACUGACCUCUCCGCCUCACUUUUAACUGACCCUGCUGCUUGAGCUGCAGCCAUUAGCUCAGGGCUGGGGGAACCUUUGGACCCCCCAGAUGUUGCUAGACCAGGGCUCCUCCAUUGUCUCCCGAGACGGACGGAUGCCAAUCAACAACAGCUCCCAGCACCUAGGCCAGUUUCCCCUGCAUUUUUUGCCAUUCUAGAUUCAAGAGCAGCUUGGUUUUUCCCAACCCAGGCUAGCUUUUACCGAAGAUGUCAAAACCGGCCCUUCCUUCACCAGAAGCAGCAACAGCUUUUUGGAGACAAUCUGCCUUUUAAGAACCCGGGAGGUUUUUCUUUUCUUCCUAAGACUGGCACUCAAGACUUGGCAUUUUGGAGCCCUCCUGGACCACGCCAUACAGUUUUGAUGGAUUUUUAAAAAUAAGUACUGUUUUUAAAUGAACUCUGUUAACCUAUCCAGCUUGCAGAACGUGUAUUUAUUUGUAAAUGUAUUCUGAGCUUUUUAAGUGGGAAGGAAUAAAGGAACGGUGCGGUGGA